GUAGUGAUGGUGAGCCUCCCGCCGUUGUUCUAGUGAGAAGCGUAUAUUAACACGACAUGUGAGGUCUUACCCAAGUAUCGAUAGUCCGGCGGAAGUGCUUGCCAUUCGAGAAAGGAUUCCAUGAAUGAUGGACUGUGUCCAGUUUCUGUGUGUGGCCAUGUUCUAUAUAUCGUUGAGCAUCGGACCAAUAUUUGUAACAGGUGAAGCUGUAUUAUACAACAGAGAGUCAUGUACGGCCUACAGAUCAAAUUUCGCCAACGAAAAGCCGACAUAUUACCGAUGGAAUGGAUCAACGAUUCGGAAUUGCAUUAUGGACUUUAGCAAAAGAACGUCUGUGAGGGAUCAUUACGUUUGCGUGGAAAUCCUAAGCUUUGAGUUUGUAGAUUGUUCAGCGGAUGUAGAGUACUAUGGAAUUAACCUUACCACUCCAGCUAGGACGUUUAAUUGUCAUAAGAGUCCUAACUCACGAACGUGGUGUUGUAAUGUCGAAGCCAUAACGAUCAAACUCCACAAUAAUCGCUCAACGAACAGCAAUUUCUUCUUCCGGGUCUUUGCAAUGGCCGCCGGAAGUGUGUACGACGAUUGUCUCCCGCCCACUACAACAACCGCAACGACGACGACCACAGACCCGUUCAACGCAGUAGUGUUGGCAGAUACUCCAGCCUGUGAUGCCAACAGAGUUAAUAUGGUGGGAGCCCAGCUUCGGUACUUUAAGUGGAAAGGGAUGUGGGGCAACAGCUGCACUGUCGGAUUUCAUAAGAAACCCGAUGUUUAUAGUGAUUCUUUAACGUGCAUAGAAAUACUGAACAUUGCUAUUCAUGACUGUUCAACACGUAUACGGUACUAUGGACUCACAACGUCCGGCCGACCAUUUAAGACGUUCACUUGUCAUACACAAGUAAGACCUCGCUGGUGCUGCAGCGUCAACACAAUCAACGUCAAGUUCGACGUCAUACACUAUACAAAUAACGACGAACUAUUCUUCGGCGUGUACAAAGUCCCGGCCGGAUUCGUCGCUGAUGAAUGUCCGGACGUGCAAAAUUUAGAUGAUUCGCAGUAUUCAAAUAGUUCCGAUACCAUACAGAAAAGUCUUUAUAAAAAUAUAGGUUUACUUACGAUACCUUUAGCUGCCUGGGUGUUAUUAAAGUUGAUCCAGCAACCCCUGCUCUAAGACUGUUAAUAAACGUGACGUCAUCAUCCGCCGGUGAUCUGGUGCCUUAUACUUACUCGUCCAUCGUUGUUCUCAUACGUUUGUACUCGUUCUGUACGUCUUACCGGGACCUUAUGGACGGCCUACGUGCAACUGUCAACGUUUUUUACUGUACAAUGAUAAAUAUAAUUGAUAAGCAAAUUAAGCAAUGUACAAAAUCUGUGUAAAUGUACAAAAUAUUCACGUGGAGUCCUUACUGAUCCGGACGUCAUAUUGGUCAGAAAUAAUACCAGUAAUAUGAACGUCUCAGUCCAUUGGAUAAAACAAAAACGAAAAUAUGUUUUUAAUAUAUUCAUAUUGUGCUGUUUCAAAUCUCAUAAAAUGCAAUUCUAUUUUUCCAUAAUGUUGUAAAAUAGACAACCCUAUUACAAUGUAUAUAUUACGUUGUUCUCUCGUUAAAAUAUUUUAUUGAGAAAAUAGAUCCUGUGAAAAUUGUUGUCAUUCUGGAAAAUUAAUAUUUUAGUUCAUGAUAUAUAAACAUAGAACUGUGAACUUAAUCAUUGUGUAUUUCCUAAUCGUGCUCUAUAACACCCAUUAAAAUGUUAUUUCGUUAUUCUGACCUGGAAAUUCCGGAUGGUGUGCUGUCCGGACUCUUACAUUCAAUCUUUAAUUUCCGUUUAACGUAUUAUCAAUAUAUAUUACAUACCUUGUUUUCUGGAUGUUAUUAAGGAGACAAAAAUGUUCGAACUAAUACGGUUUCAUUUGAUACAUAAGUUCAACUGUCUGAUGUAAAACACUGUGGAUAUAUUAACGUGAACAUGUAGAAUAAAGCUACA